CUUGCGGGAGAUGAGGGUCGGGUCUUGUGUCCUUGCCAGGCAGUGACGAAAAAAAAUAAAAUUAAAAUUAAAAUAACAUUAACCAUCACAAUCCUCCCACGGAGAAGUACCACUCGCUUUCCUUGUCCAAAACAGCUCUCUCCUCCUCCCACCCCCUCUCAUCGGACCCCCAGCACCCUUCACCAUGAGGUGGCCAUCUCUCGCUUUGGCCCUCCUCGUAGGAGUCACGACUGCGGCCGACACCACAACCUCCGAAUCCACCACCAGCAAGUCCGAUUCUUCGACAUCCCUCGACCUGUCGACAGCAUCAACGGUGACCAACCCGACUACCGUCAUCCCAUCGGGUAGUUAUAUUACCUACAGCACUACAAUUACCCUUGACAAUGGCAAUUCCUCCGUCUUGGUCUCCACCACGGCCGCUCCCAAUGCCACCGCGACCACCUCGGGCAACCAAACCAUCGUAACCAGCACAUCGGACUCGUUGACAGUCUUGGUUGGGAGCGGACACACGACGACUUUAGGCAAUGGGACCAUGAACGCGACCGCCACCGCUUCGUCGACCUCGACACAGACACCGGUUGUCAACACUCGCCCAUGCAACAACUAUGCCGAGUUCUGCGCGCGCAAUUACUCCAACAUCACCAUGGUCGCAGCCCACAACAGUCCCUUCGUGCGCAAGGGCAAUGCUGCCGCCAAUCAAGCACUGGACGUGACCGCCCAACUCGACGACGGUAUUCGAAUGCUUCAGUUCCAAACCCACUAUCAAAAUGGCACCAUGAUGCUCUGCCACACCUCCUGCGACAUUCUCAACGUGGGCACCCUCGAAGCCUACCUCACCACCGUCGCCCAAUGGAUGCGCAAGAAUCCCUACGACGUCGUCACAAUCCUCAUCGGAAACUACGACUAUGUCUCCCCAGAGAACUUUACCGCUCCAGUUGAAGCCUCCGGCCUGUUAGACAUGGCCUAUUCACCACCCAAGAUCCCCAUGGGUCUGGACGACUGGCCGACGCUGUCAGAGAUGAUUCUCACCGGCAAGCGCGCCGUGUUUUUCAUGGAUUACCAGGCAAACCAGACUGCUGUCCCGUGGCUGAUGGAUGAGUUUUCACAAGUGUGGGAGACGCCCUUUUCGCCCACAGAUGCAAACUUCCCUUGCACUGUACAGCGGCCUCCUAGUUUGUCAGACAAGGAUGCCAAGAGUCGCAUGUAUAUGGCGAAUCAUAACCUGAACCUGGAACUUAGUUUCGGCUCUCUAAGCUUGCUCAUUCCCAAUACGGCAGUCAUCAGCCAGACUAAUGCCGUGAAUGGUAAUGGAAGUCUGGGCUGGAUGGCGGAAAACUGUACCCGUGACUGGACCCGCCCGCCCAACUUCCUGCUGGUUGAUUACUACAACUACGGCAACUUUAACGGCUCCGUCUUUGAAGUCGCCGCGGAGAUGAACAACGUCACUUACAACCGCACCUGCUGCGGCCAAGAAUCUGCCGCCGUGCCUGGCAUGUCGACGACCAGUUUCUCGACGAUGCUGGUGAUUGCAGCUGGCGUACAGUUCUUCCUGUCCGCAUUCUGAUUUCGGAUGACCUUUACGACAAUUCUCUGCUUCUUUUCACAAUCUCCAUCGUUUAAGCGGGAUUGCCUGCUUAUUGGCGCCGGUUGCGUCUUAUCUUGGGCAUGUUGGUGCUGAAUGUAAAUACAUAAUUUAGAUUUCGAAUGACUUUGCAUAUGCAAUGCAUGAAUCUUGGACUCGUGCAUUAAAAUUUUCAAAUU